GUCUGUCAUAGUUGAAGUGUACCGAUGAUGAACAUUACAGGCCUCUCUCAUCUUUUUAAGUGGGAGAACUUGCACAAUUGGUGGCCGACUAAAUACUUUUUUGCCCCACUGUAUAACUGGUCUUGGCAGUGGCCUAGUUCUGCCCUGGUCUGAUAUAUAACUGGUCUUGGCAGUGGCCUAGUUCUGCCCUGGUCUGAUAUAUAACUGGUCUUGGCAGUGGCCUAGCUCUGUCCUUGUCCGAUAUAUAAUUGGUCUUGGCAGUGGCCUAGUUCUGCCCUUGGUGGACAUCCCUGUAGGCUGCAUGCCAAUUGCAGGCUCCCUCAACAUUUGAGACAUCUGUGGCAUUGUGUUGUGUGACAAAACUACACAUUUUAGAGAAGCAUUUUAUUGUCCCCAGCACAAGGUGCACCUAUGUAACGAUCAUGUUGUUUAAUUAGCUUUUUUGAUAUGCCACACCUGGAUGGAUGCUCACUAACAGGGAUGGAAACAAAUUUCUGCACAAAAUCUUAGAGGAAUAAGAAAUCGUUUUUCUUGCAUAUCAAACAUGGGACCAAUACUUUACAUGUUGCAUUCAUAUGUGUUCAGUGUAAUAAAAUUAAUAUAUUUUUAAAUGCAUCAAAUUAUUUAUGUUUUUCUUCCUAUGUGGUUGCAAUACUGUGCACAGAUGUACUGCAAUAGAGUGCUUCAAAAAUCGACCAACUUCGCUUGUCAUUGCAGGACGACUCUUAUUUUGAAAAAAAAAUAUCUGCCUUUUUUUCUGCGGCCAUUUUAUGAGCUGCUGCCAGCAGAAUGGUAACGGGAAGGAAAUGUUUUCAGUGGAACGGAUGUGAAGGCGGAGUCUAGUCUUUUCUUUCAUGACUUCAGGCAGAGCAUCACAUGUUGAAAUCUAACCAUCCGUUACCUCCUUAAUCUACAAUUAAACAGACUAGAGAUAAACAUCUCAUCUGGUUCACUUCUCCUGAACUCUGCAAACGACAAUAAACAAGUGUUUACAAUGAAUCAGGAAACACUCUCCCUCCAACCCUCCUCCCCCCUAUCCCUCCCGGAGUCCCUGGGUCGUACCUCUCCUGGUAACACCUUACUGCUGGGUCUGAAGAGGUUGUCUGUGCGGCUGGUCGACUGCAGGAAAACACCGGAGCUAAGGGACAGUCCUAACCGUCACUCUCUCAGUAGAAGGGGCUUGUCAUCUGGGGAGGCUAAACAACAUCAUGAUAAUGAGGAGGCAGAGAAAAGCCUCUCAAGAUCAGAACACCAAGAGAAACAACAGCAGAGACCCUCAAGGAAGAAAUCUCACUGCUGCUCUGACUGUGGGAAGAGGUUUACCUCUUCAGCAAACCUUAGACAACACCAGAGAAUUCAUACUGGAGAGAAACCUUAUAGCUGUGAACAAUGUGGGAAGAGAUUCAAUCAGAGAUUCAAUCUGAAGUCACACCAGAUCAUACACUCAGUAGAAAAACCUCACUGCUGCUCCCAGUGUGGAGCUAGCCUCUCCUCUGCCAGGGCACUAGAAGGACACAUGCGGAUUCACACUGGAGAGAAACCGUACCAGUGCUCAGAAUGUGGGCAGAGAUUUAAAGACUGCAGUGGUUUACGGAUACACGAGAGAAUAAAACACACCGGCGAAAAACCACACUGUUGCUCUGACUGCGGGAAGAGAUUUGCUACAUCGCAACGCUUAAAAGCUCACCGGCGGAUUCACACUGGAGAGAGACCGUUCCACUGCUCUGAGUGUGGGAAGAGUUUCAAACAAGCCUCAGCACUGUCUGAACACAAACGAAUACACACAGGAGAGAAGCCUCACCACUGUGAGCAGUGCGGGGGAAACUUUUCCUCUUCUAAGUUACUCAGAAUACAUCAGAGGAUUCACACAGGGGAGAAACCUUACCAAUGCACUGACUGUGGGAAAAGCUUCAGAUUUCUGUCUUCUUUAAGACGUCACCAGCUAAGACAUACUGGAGAAAAGCCCCACCAAUGUACUGAGUGUGGGAAGAGGUUUGCUGUUAAGAGUGGGCUCUGGUUACAUAACAUAGUGCACACUGGAGAGAAAGGAUACCAAUGCCCACAGUGUGGCAAGAAGCUAGGAUCGUCUCAUUCUCUAGAGCAGCAUAAGCGUACACACACUGGACAGAAACCCUUCCACUGCUCCCACUGUAAGUUAAGCUUUGCCACUAAUUCAGCCCUGUACAAACACCAGAUAAUUCACACAGGCGAGAAACGACACAGCUGCAAUGUUUGCCAGAGGAGAUUUGGACGGUCCGAUCACCUGAAAAGUCACAUGCAAAUUCACACAGGAGAAAAGCCAUACCACUGCUCUAAGUGCGAGCUGAGUUUCACUAACAACAGAUCUCUGAAAGAACAUGAGGUCAGACACACAGAAGAUAAACCUCACUGCUGCUCCCAGUGCGGUGCUAGUCUCUCCUCUGCCAGGGCACUGGAAGGACACAUGCGGAUUCACACUGGAGAGAAACCGUACGAGUGCUCUGAAUGUGGGCAGAAGUUUGCACAUAGAGCCAGUCUUGGGUCACACAGAAGACUACACACAGAAGAGAAACCCUAUCACUGCUCUGACUGCAAGAAGAGCUUUCAAAGACUUGGCACUUUAAAACUACACAAGUUCACACAUUCAGAGAAGAUGUACCACUGCUCUCAGUGUGAGUCGAGCUGCACAACGCCAGACGCAUUGAAGAAACACCAGCUUAUACACACUGGAGAGAAGCCUUACCACUGCUCCCACUGUGACAAGAGCUUCCUUCGGCAACAGUCUCUCAAAGGACACGAGCGUAGUCACAAGGGAGAGAAACCGUUCUCUUGCUCAGACUGCGGGAACAACUUUGCCACAAUGGCAACCUUGCGAAUUCACCAGCGAAGACACACAGGAGAGAGGCCAUACCAAUGCCCUUUCCCUGACUGUGGGAAGAGUUUUUCCCAGGCCAGCGCCUUUAAAGUCCACAAGAGAAGGCACACAGGAGAGAAGCCGCACCACUGUGAUCAGUGUGGGAUGAGUUUUGUCACGUCAGGUGACUUGCAAACUCACUCCAAAAGAAGCCAUACUGCUGCACAGCCUGUGGACUCAGUUUCUCUAGAUCUGAUUACUUAAAGAUUCACCAGAGAGUCCACACAGGAGAGAGGCCAUACAGCUGCUCAGAGUGUGACAAGAGAUACACUUUGAAGAGUCACCUUACAAGACACCAGCAGAGACACACAGGAGAGAAACCUCACUACUGCGCAGAGUGCGGCAAGAGCUUCAAGUGUUUAAUAGACCUGAGAUGCCACGUUCAGCGCAAACAUAGUGGGACACCCUACCACUGCACCCAGCUUCAGCUCCCCUCAGCAUCUGAAGUACCACCAGAUGACACACACGGGAGAGAAACCAUUCAUAUGCACCGACUGCGGGAAUUCACUCAGGCCGUGGUUUUCACACCGGAGAGAAACCUCACAGCUGUGAUCAGUGUGACAAGAGUUUCAGUAAAAGGAGCAGUCUGCAAUCACACCAGCGGACACAUACAGAAGAGAAGCCUUACAGCUGUGAUGAGUGUGGGAAGAGAUUCACCAAUUCAGGAACCCUGGUUUCGCACAAGAGAAUACACUCCUGAGAGAAAGAUUACCACACACAGGAGCGAGGCCUAAUGGCCAUGUUCAAGUGAACACACACUGAUAAUUUUUUUAUGCCUGGAUCAAAUAUGUAGUUUUGUAAAUGAUGGAACACAUUUUAUAGAAUGAGCAUCAAGGACACACAGUAACAACUGUGAAACAUGAAACACUUCUAGUUUGUCAAUUGACAAUUCCCACAACUGAAACCACACUUGAAAAUACAGAGGCUUUCACUCAGUGUUGUGGCCAACCGCUGUGCAGACACAGGUCUGAUUGAACCAAGCCCUGAGAACGGACAUAUUUCUCAACAUCACAACUUGCUGUUGGAUACAAAUGAUUAAAUUAUUAAAAAUUAUAAACAUUUGAAGAAGUAAACGGUGCAGGUGAAGUUCUAAUCGAACUCUGUAUGAUAUUUACCAUCUACUGUUCUUUCAAAAUUAACACUUGUUUCGUUUUGCUUUUGGAUUGUGGGCUCAAUUCAAUGAGAUUUGUCGUUUGCCGACACCUGCAUAGCUGGUGUUGUGACGAUGUCUGAGGUGGAACUGUACCUAUCAUGGACAUUGGCUGCAUGGAGGAGUAGGAAUCCCAUCCAGCCAUGUUUACAAACUCAAACACUGUCAUUUAGGGCUGGAUUCAAUCUGCCUUAAUCCGCCACAACCGACAACUGCAUAGUCGUUUCAUUGUUUUCAAUGUUUUUAUUCAGGUGAUGUCCGAGGUGUAACCACAUUGGAGCUGUCGAGGACAUUACCAUAAUCUCAUGCAGUCUUUUUAGAUUCAAACCUCGAUUAGCCUGAGAUAAUGCUGUAAUCUACACCUCAAAUAGCCCGAUAUAAUGCUGUAAUCUACACCUCAAAUAGCCCGAUAUAAUGCUGUAAUCUACACCUUGAUUAGCCUGAUAUAAUGCUGUAAUAUACACCUUUAUUAGCCUGAUAUAAUGCUGUAAUAUACACCUUUAUUAGCCUGAUAUAAUGCUGUAAUCUACACCUUUAUUAGCCUGAUAUAAUGCUGUAAUCUACACCUUGAUUAGCCUGAUAUAAUGCUGUAAUCUACACCUUGAUUAGCCUGAUAUAAUGCUGUAAUCUACACCUUGAUUAGCCUGAUAUAAUGCUGUAAUAUACACCUUGAUUAGCCUGAUAUAAUGCUGUAAUCCACACCUUGAUUAGCCUGAUAUGUUGUACAGUGCACAAUUACAAGAUUAUGUUCUAUACUGCUAUGGGUUUAAAGCCAACAGGUAGGCCUCUGGGCUUAAAGCCAACAGGUAGACCUUUGGGUUUAAAGCCAACAGGUAGGCCUCUGGGUUUACAGCCAACAGGUAGACCUCUGGGUUUAAAGCCAACAGGUAGGCCUCUGGGUUUAAAGCCAACAGGUAGGCCUCUGGGCCAACAGCCGAUUGGGUGUAACCUUGUGAUAAGGCUGCAUCCUGUCUUCCAGACACUGAGGGUGCAGCUACAUCCUGUCUUCCAGACACAGAGGGUGCAGCUACAUCCUGUCUUCCAGACACCGAGGGUGCAGCUACAUCCUGUCUUCCAGACACCAAGGGUGCAGCUACAUCCUGUCUUCCAGACACCGAGGGUGCAGCUACAUCCUGUCUUCCAGACACCGAGGGCGCAGCUACAUCCUGUCUUCCAGACACCGAGGGCGCAGCUACAUCCUGUCUUCCAGACACUGAGGGUGCAGCUACAUCCUGUCUUCCAGACACUGAGGGUGGAGCUACAUCCUUGUCUUCCAGACACUGAGGGUGCAGCUACAUCCUGUCUUCCAGUUGAUUGUCGGAGAACUGAAAGAUUACUUUUGUAUAGCAACAGCAAUAUGACCUGGAGACAGAAACUCCACCUAUUCUGAGCUAAUCUUGUUGUUCCUGCUUGAGUGCACAAUAUACCCUUUUAUGCUUUCACACUUCUGCUGACUGCUAUGUAGACAAAGAGCUUUUUAUUGAACCUGAGACCCAACUCUGUUCAGGGGCUCUUAUCUCCUCACCACUGAGUGAUUGUUAACCCCUCCAGAAUUGUAAUUCUUAUAAUAAACUUUGUUUUAAGAAUCUGCAGCAGCCUCUUC